CCCCCACCACUUCUCUUCUCCAAACCCCCACCCCAAACACUCUCCCUCGUCUCCCAAAUCCGUACCCCCACCCCCAAAACCCUAACACCUCCUCCCCACAAACCCCCCAAAUUCUCCGAGAGCCGCGCCUUCCCCGACUCCCUCCCCCUCCACUCCAAGAACCCCCACGUCGUCUACCGCGACAUCCGUCGCUUCGCCCGCCUCGGCCGCCUCCGCGAGGCCCUCGCCAUCCUCGACUACCUCGAGCACCGCGGCGUCCCCGUCAACGCCACCACCUUCUCCGCCCUCCUCUCCGCGUGCUCCCGCCUCAGAACCCUCGCCCUCGGCCGCCAAGUCCACGUCCACAUCCGCAUCAACGGCCUCCAGAGCAACGAGUUCUUGCAGACCAAGCUCGUCGAGAUGUACGCCUCUUGCGGCGCCCACGAGGACGCCAUGGGCGUCCUCUCGGAGCUCUCGCCGCGGAGCGUGUUCACGUGGAACGCCCUGAUGAGGGGAGGGGUCACCGGGGGCCUGCGGUGGGGCGGCUCGCCGCUUAGGGUUUUCGCGGAGAUGCGGGAGGCCGGAGUGGGCGCGAACGAGUACACCUUCGCCUGCCUGAUUAAGAGCUUCGCGGGCUCGCCCGCUCUCGCGCAAGGGAUGAAGGCUCAUGCUCUUUUGAUGAAGAACGGGUUCGCCGGCGCUCCUACCCUUCUCCGUACCUGUUUGAUUGAUAUGUACUUCAAGUGUGGCAAGGCUCGGAUGGCCAUGAAGGUGUUCGACGAAAUUCCCGAAAGGGAUAUCGUCUUGUACGGUGCGGUCAUAGCGGGAUUUGUGCAUAAUGGGUUGAAAAGGGAGGCUUUGGAGUAUUUGAGAUUGAUGGUGGAAGAUGGUGUAGAGCCGAAUUCGGUGAUAAUAACAUCGAUCCUGCCGGCGAUUGGAGAGGUCUCGGAGCGUAAUUUGGGCCGGGAGAUUCAUGGGUUUGCGCUAAAAAAGUUCAGAGAUUACAAUAAGCUGGUUUUUAUCCUAUCGGGAUUGAUCGACAUGUAUUCUAAAUGCGGUGAUAUUGUUUCUGGGAGGCGGGUCUUUUAUGGGUCUAGCGAGAGGAAUGCCGUAUCGUGGACUGCUCUAAUGUCGGGGUAUGCAUCUAACGGUCGGCUCGAUCAAGCGUUGAGAUCGAUUGUUUGGAUGCAACAAGAAGGGAUUAGGCCGGAUAUUGUCUCGAUUGCUACCGUUCUCCCUGUUUGCGCCCAAUUGAAAGCAUUGAAGCCAGGGAAGGAGAUCCAUUGCUUUGCUUUGAAGAGUUGGUUUUUGCCCAAUGUUACCAUAUCUACUUCUUUGAUCACCACUUACUCAGCUUGUGGGUGCUUAGAUUAUUCUCGCAGAGUGUUUGAUGGAAUGACAAAGAAGAAUGUGAUAGCUUGGACAGCACUUAUCGACUCAUACAUAAAGAAUGGCUACCCCUCUAUUGCGUUAGAUGAGUUUCGUUCGAUGCUUUUAACUAGUUAUAGGCCGGAUUCGAUUACCAUUACAAGGAUUUUAAGUGCUUGUGGUGAUUUGGGAGCUUUAAAGCUUGGUAAAGAAGUGCAUGGCCAAGUAUUAAAGAUGAGGUUGAAUCAAAUUCCUCUUGUUAAAGCCGAAGUAAUCAACUUAUAUGGCAGGUGUGGAGAGAUCGAGAAGGCGCGGAGGGUCUUUGACAGGGUCCAAUCAAAGGGAUCCUUAACUUGUACGGCAAUAAUAGAUGCUUACAGGUCCAACGGCCGAUAUAAAGAAGCGCUUAAUCUAUUUGAAUGGAUGUUGUCAAACGGUUUCAUUCCCAAUAAUUUCACUUUUGAUGUGGUUUUGGCCGUUUGCGACAAGGCGGAAUUGCACGAAAGAGCUGUUAAAAUAUUCGAUUCCAUGGUUAGGGAGUAUGAAUUGAAGGCAUCAGAAGAGAAUUAUGACAGUGUCAUCGGCCUUCUUACUCGGGCCGGUCGGAUUGUUGAAGCACAAAGGUGUAUCUAUUUGAAAUCUGCAUUGCUUUAGCUUUGCGCGGCUUCUUUCUUUUAAUUUGUAGAUUUGGAGGGAUAAAAAAUCUGCGACAUGUUGUGUAAAUGAUCAUUUGUCGUUCUUAUUGGAAUAUUUUGUCACCUAUGACAAAUCAACUUAUGAAAGCUAGAAUUUUGCUGAUCAAUCUGCA